GUUUCUCAAUGGCCACCAGAGAUCACAGGCAAACAGCGCGAGGAGCUGACGUUACGCGCAACGACCUAUGCGCUUUCCCAUGGACUGAUCUACCUCCCAGUCGCGGAUGUCCAGCCCCCGGCACCUACCUCGGCCAUCCAUGCUCCCCUCGCACUCUUUCCCUCCGCCUUCCCGCGCAAUCAGUUCGAGCUCGCGAAGCGGUUGCAGCGCGCGUACAAUGUCUUGUAUGCGCGGAUUGCAUUGGACGAGCAGUUCCUCGAUCGCGUUAUGGGCGCGGAGAUCGGCGUAGGACGCGUAGAUGAGUUCACCGGGCAGCUCUGGAAGAUCUGGAAGAGAUUGCGCGAUGAAGGCAUCCAUCAGCGUCUCCAUCUAGGGCUCUUCAGGUCGGACUACCUGCUGCACUCGCCCGAGAAGGGCGGUCCUGUCUCCUUGAAGCAGGUCGAAUUCAACACUAUCUCUUCUUCCUUUGGGGCUUUGUCGGAGAACGUUUCGAAGCUGCAUAGGUACCUGGCACUUUCCACGGAGUACUUCAACAGUUCACCCUUCCUGACGCUCAAGAACUUACCGCGGAACGAUACUAUCGCGGGACUGGCGGAUGGACUUGCAGCAGCGCAUGAGGCAUAUGAUUCUCCCUCAGCGUGGAUCUUGUUCGUUGUGCAAGCAGGGGAGAGGAACGUCUUCGAUCAGAGAUGGCUGGAAUAUGAACUGCUUGAACAGCACUCAAUACGCGUCGUCCGCCAAACGUUCGACGAGCUAGCCACUUCUGCAGAGGUUGUGCCCGGCUCACGCAUCCUCCGCGUGAAGCUUCCCGGUCUGCUCCCUCGCGGUGCUGAGUCGGUCGAAAUCUCGACAGUGUAUUUCCGCGCAGGUUAUACGCCAAGAGACUACCCUACCCUGGCGCAGUAUCGGACCCGAUACGUCUUGGAGAGCUCCGUCGCUAUCAAGUGCCCCACGAUACAGCUCCAGCUUGCGGGAGGAAAGAAGGUCCAAGAGGUCCUCACCCAAGGUGACACGCUUUCCAGGUUCGGACAAGGCCUAGAUCUCGACGCACUCCGCUCCAGCUGGAUGGGGAUGUGGGGUCUGGACAAAGAUGGCGAUUAUGGAGUGCGCAGAGCACGAGAACAAGCCGACAAGCUCGUUCUGAAGCCCCAGCGCGAGGGCGGAGGCAACAAUGUCUACAAGGGAGACAUCCCCGGCUUUCUCGAUACUCUUCCCGCCGGCGAGCGCGAAGCUUGGAUCGCCAUGGAACUCAUUGAGCCGCCAGACACGGGCAAUUACCUGGUGCGGGCGGGGAGCGGGACUGAGGGCGCGGUGAAGACUGAGGUAGUGAGUGAGCUGGGGGUUUUUGGCUACGCGUUGUUUGGGCCCAGACGGCCGAUCGAGGAGCAGGAGGUGGGAUGGCUGCUCAGGACGAAGGGGAAGGAUAGCAACGAGGGAGGCGUCGCAGUGGGCUUCUCGGUGCUGGACUCUCUGGUCCUGGUCGAUUGAUUUGGAAGUCGAAGAAGUCAUACAGACCUGUACACAAAUCGUGUGGU